CAACUAAAUAGAGACAAUUACAACUAGACCAAAAGCUAGAUUUCCUUCCUUUUUUUCUUUUUUCAAGAAAGGAAUUAUGGAAGGCCAUUAAGUCAUGUCCACCGCACAUCUAUUAGCGGGAAAAACACAUACCUUAUUUAACUAACAACCCAACAAGACUCGUUCCUUGCCACCCAAAACCUAUAUCUCUCUCUUCUCGCUCAACCUAACUUGGUGCACAUUUGCAUCUGCACCUGCAACCCUCGCCAACACUGCCGGUGCAGUGUGUACCUCCUCCUCCCCAGCGCAGCACACAUUUACCGAAUUUGAUAUAAUAUCUUCAAGAAAACCAAAAAAGAAAAUGUAUCCACCACCACCCGCGCCAUACUAUGCUCCACCUCCACCAGCGUAUUACGCGCCGCCACUAAUGCCGCCACCACCAAAGCGGUACUCUCCGUGGCUGGUGCCGCUUAUCUUUUUGGUGAAUCUCGGGUUGUUCAUAUGGAUCAUGUAUGAGAAUAAUUGCCCGUCUAGAAUUUCAAAGGAUCAAUGCAUGUUAGGCCAGUAUUUGGAUAGGUUCUCUUUCCAACCCUGGAAAGAUAACCGCAUGGUUGGUCCUACCCCUGAAACACUUCAAAGACUAGGAGGCCUUGAUAGAAAACUAGUGGUGGAUGGUGGUGAACCAUGGCGCCUUUUGUCCUCCAUGUGGCUACAUGCCGGGCUGAUUCAUCUGUUUGCCAACAUGCUCAGCCUUGAUUUUGUAGGACUUCGGCUUGAGCGGGACUUUGGAUUUUACAGAUUCGUAUUCGUGUAUGUGCUAGCUGGGUUAGGUGGAAAUUUAGCGUCUUGCCUUAAUAUUAUCAAACACGACUGGUCAAGCAAGACUAUAUCAGUUGGCGCAUCUGGGGCAAUUUUUGGAUUGUUGGGAGCUUCCCUUUCUGAGCUCAUCACAAACUGGACAGUCUAUGACGAUAAGUGCUCAACAAUCAUGAUACUCAUCCUCAAUGCUGCCCUGAACUUGGCUAUUGGGUUUCUACUUAAGAUGGACAACUCAGGUCAUGUAGGAGGACUCGUCGCCGGAUUUUUCCUCGGUUUUGUUCUUUUUGUCAAGCCUCAGUUUGGAUAUGUAAGCAGCAAGUACAUUCCAUCAUACCAUCAAGUCAAACGUACACCAAGGCACAACUUCUGUCAAUAUUUUCUAGGGCUCGUUGCUUUGGCCGUGUUGGUUAUUCUAUAUGGAGUUGGCUUUGGUAAGCUAUUCAACAUAAAGGAGAUUAAAGAGCAUCUGCCUGACAGCGUAAAAAACUAUUGAGCUUGUAUUGGUUUUGAGUAAUGAACAAACCAUAGUUUCUUGACGGUUCAACUGCAUGUUCUUGAAGAAUUGCAAGUAUAACACAACAAAAUAUAUACUUGCUUAUGUACGCAAAUCAUAUGUAUGUACCGCAUGCAUAUGUUUCGUUGAUGUAUAUAUAUACCUGCCAAUGUGCAUAUGUAAGUGUACAUGAGAGAGAUGAUUGUGGGGAUUUAAGAGAGGUCAGUAUUUUGUGGAUUGUGAGAGAGAUGCUCAGAUGAGUAUUUCAUAAUUUUAGUAAUCACAACAAUUUUUUAGCGAUCUUCUUUUGGUUUCAGAAUUUUUUCUGCAUUUUUCGGACCAUGCAACUCGAGCAUUUUUCACAGAAAUUUUAUUAGAUAAUGAUGAAGUCGAUUUCAUUCCGUUUUAAUGAAAGCAAAACUUAGGCUACAAAACAAAAGUCAUGAUGUCUGCAGUUGCCAAUAUGCAUACCCUUUAGUAUGGCAAGAUUAGUAUGUGCUAGUGAAAAAUGUGCGGCGGUCAUCGUGAUGUACGAAUCUCACGAGGAACCUACACCCAUCCUGAAGAAAGAAAGAAAAAAAAAAAUUGUAACUAGUGUACGAUCUAUCGCAUCUUUCAUCGAUUCCAAGAUACCCUUGAGUAUGGCCUUAAUUUCACAUGACCAAGACACUCGAUUUGACAAACACUUGGGGCAUCUUGGCUUCACUGUGAUAUCAUUUAAAGCCCCAUAAUCAAUACACAUCCUUCUUUUCUAACUAAAACAACUGGAGAUGAAAAGGGACUAUUGCUACUAGGCUGACUGCCGGGUGCUGGCACACAACAUGCGUCAUCAUCAUGACUCGACUUCCGUUCAGAGGUAAACCUUUGUGUUUGGUGAAAGACGAACAGAAUGAGACUGCAAAGAGAAUGAGUAACAGACCGAGUAAAAAUGAUGAACUGUAUUGAUUAUCACAAAUGCCCUGUUUGUUGACAACAUAAUCACCAAUACAACUAAGGCAUGAACCAAUCCUAACAGUCUAACCAGAAACUCCUAUCAAAUUCUAACACACUUAUGUUGAUUCAGCUUCCUUAUCAUUUGGAACAAGUCAUCAUAGCUGGCAAUCAACUGGUCAAGGUCUGUGGUUUGAGAAUAUGAAAAUUUGUGGUAGAAGGCUGUGGCUGAUGUGCCAAGUCCUGUAACAAAUACUAAACUAUAUCCUGGUUGGUUUUGCUGGC